UAGAGUGUCGAUUUCUGUGCUCUGUUUUAACCAAUUUACACCUCUAGGGUCGAUCCUGUAAUCUGUAGCGAUUUAAACACAUCAAGUCUGUCAAUGCUUAUAUAGUGCCAAAUUAGACACGGCGUAGAAUAGUCUCAUUCCAGCCAGCGUUGGAAUUGUUUCUUCGACUAGUCAACACAACAUCACAUCAAGAUGCCGAAGAAAACGCAAAGAAAUGCGUUCUACUUCUACAUGCAAGAGCAGGUGGCACCACGGAUGAGGAAAGAGGGGCAGUUUACGGGGAUGGAGUCUGUCGUGCAAGUGGCACAUCCCAUGUGGAAGGCGUUGCCACCCCAAGAGAAGGCGCGCUAUGAGAACAUGGCAAAAGAGUACAAGGCCCGGCUGCGUGGACAGGAGGGUGAUAAAUAUCGCCUGGACAAUAUCGGCAACGUCAUCGCAGAUCGAAAAAACCCCUUCGAUGAAGCAAAGAAGAGGAAACAGCGAGAGAAACUGGAGUUUACUCAGAGAUGGCCGGAAGGACAUGAGGUCAUCAACGAGAAGUUCUACUUCAUUGACUUCCAGACCCUGUGUAAGACAGAGGAGGGUGAUUAUUUGCCAGUGGAGAUGGGCCUGGUCGAGUUCACAAUGAAAGAUGGCAUCAGAAAGACGUAUCACACAUUCAUUGACCCAGGACCUAUCCCUCUUGGCUACCGAUUCGAAUGCCAAAGAACAAGCGACGACACUCAUAAAAUUCCUGUUGCGGGGUUCCAAUUUGCUGAGAGUAACUACAGAAGUAUCUGGAUCCAGUUGGAGAACUUCGUCAAUCCUGGUGGGGAAAAUUCGUACUAUCCUCCAAUUUUCUGUGCGGAAGAAAAAAUAGAGGAAGUUGAAUACUGCAUGGGUUGGAUUCAUUCGCACGCCUGCCUUGGUGUUCCGAAUCGCUUAAAGAAAAUCUCACAUCUCGAGACCAUGGUGCAAGAACUAUUCAAACACAUCGGGGAACCUCCGCCUUCCGAAGUGGCACUUCAUGACUUGCUGACUGCGUCUGUUUUCGAUUAUGAAACUGGGGUAAUGUGUUCUUAUCACGAAGAGGUUGAAUCAAAAUUCUGCAGCAUGGGCAGAGUACGCAUAUACAGCUAUUCGCUCGCCGAUGCCAUGUGCGCCCUCUAUGAAAUCGAGUUGACGAGCAAACACUUACCGAGUCGCUCAACGGAGCCCGUCUGCUCUGUCAUAAGACCGCAGAGGGAGCCGGAGGCAAAUACAAGGAAUUUGCAACAACGUGGCAAUAAUGGUCGCGGAAUGGGACGCAAUCAAAACAAAGACAAUACUGGUAAUUUUGCGGCAAGGGAUUUCCGCGAGACGGACAGUUCCUGGCAGCCGGCACCUGUGCCGAAAACGUCUGCCUGGGGGAAGAAGCAGGGGGAUGGGCCUGUGUGGCAUAGGAAGAGCUCAAAGGAGACGCCUGUGUGGGGCCCGGAGGAGGAAGAGGAAAGGUUUGAGGAGGCAGAGCCUCAGUUGUCCCAGUCCCUCAGGAAGCCCAAGAAUCCUGGUAUUGCUGCUCAGAUGGGAAGAGGAUUCAAAGUAGCGCAACCUCAGCAACACGCCCCGCCUAAAGCCCUCGGCGAAUAUGGUACCCUCAUCCCCAAAGCUGCCGAAGUUGAUGUUGGCCACAAGGUUGAGAAGCCCUUCCAGCAUCCCGUCCUGGCGCCGGGAUCUAUCCUCUUAGCUGACGGGCAGAAACCACCACCGCCCAAGUCAAAGGAAGAUGAGUGGCCAAGCCUUGGAGGGCCAGGCCCUGCAGGGGAUUGGCCAAGUCUUGGAGAUCCUGCCCCCGCCCGGGUGGCUCCCAGGAUGGCUCAACCUGCUGCUAAGCCGAAGUUUGCUGGCCGCGCUGGACCGCCCCCACCUCAGCAGGCUCCACAACCUCCGACAGGAUGGUCUAAUGGACAGGGUCUCAGCAGCAUGCAAGACAUUGCCAAUAGCCUUGAUUCAUCUCAGCCAGGCGCUGUGCCGAAGAAUCCCUGGGGUGCUCUGCCAAAUAAUAUGCCGCUUGCUGGUAUAGGUCGUGGUCGGGGUGCAUGGAGUUCUACGGUAGGGCGCUUACCCCCUGGUAUGGCACAGCCAACCGUUUUGCCAAAGAGCACUUAGAAAACGAACGGAACAACUGAACAUCGGAAAAACGUUGAAAAGUUUCUUCGUCAGAAAAACAGUGUUGUUGAUGGGAUCAAUCAGAUUUGAACAUUCGAGUAAACUUGAUGGAAGGAACCAUUAUGAUUGUGAUUUCAUGAAAUGUUCAUGAAAUCGUAAUUAGAUUAGGAAAACGGUUCGAUGGUACAAGAAUUGCGCGCUAACUCUUUCUGGUUCAUUCAGUGAUCGUACCAACACAGAAGCGUGGCUGAGAAAUGAUGUGUUACCCUAGAAAUGCAGAACUAUGAAUGCCAAAUUUCAUCAAAUUUGCGUGCGUAAUAACUGCACAACGGUAAUGUUUAUUUCUGUUUUACUUUAGCUGCAAGAGAUGUGAUGAAAAUGAACACCAUAGGUCUUUAAUCUUUGGCCUUUUAUUGUGCUUUAAUGGUACUAAUAAAUAGAAUUUUAUUUUUGUAUAUCCAUUUUCUUCAGUGUGGGCUGUUUGGAGUGGACUAUUAAUCUCAGGGUUAACUCUUUCUGCCCAUAACUUGUUUUGCACAGUUUGCUUUGAAAACUGAGGCGAAUUAAAAAAUAUGAGACUUUCAAAAUCGGCAGACGAUAGCACAGAUUGCAGCACCAUCUGUACCAAUCCAACUACGGUAUAAUCGAUUGAAAAGAUCGUCGACGCAUUGUCAUAUGUUGCUUGAGUCACCAUAAGUUUAUUCAAGGGGAAGGCAUCAUGUGACAGUGCGGGAAAUCUGAAUUUGAAAAACCGUGUCUAUACGGUCCACAGCUGUGAAACUAAACAUGGCGGACCGUGUAUAUACGGCUUGUGGGCUGAACGAGUUAAGAUUUUACUAAAAAAUUGUAUCAGUUUACUAUUGCCCAGAAAGGGUUUUAUUUGCAGUUGCUAUCCUUUUACGGCGAAACAUAUCAUUUUGCACUACCAUGCUAUCAGUAACUUGAGGUACCUCCAGAUCCUUUGUUUUCACUAUUCGAUUGUGUUUUUAGUGAAGGAAUUCCUAAUUCAGACUCUCUCAAGGGUUAAGGGUCUGAAUUUGGCGGCUCAGAGUCAGAGUGUCGGAAUUAAGAAACGUUUUCAAAUGAAGACUCCGCCAGUUAUGCUCUUGACUGCUAACCUCUGUUGAUCCCACAGAACAGCAGCCUUGCACCUCAUUGGACUGCAUGGCUUGCUGUGUCUCUAAACCAGAGACAUAAAGGUAGAUUUCUGAUUAAUUUCAGUUUUUGGUAAUAAGACUUUCAUAGCUAUAUAAUUUGUGUAUUGAUGUAUUAACAGAAGUUACUGUGUACGACGAUGUUGACCACACACUUUUCAUUGAAAUGCAUUGUAAAUGUACUCGUUGUAUGAGCCAAGUGUGACAUAUACGGGGUGUGCCGAUAAAAUGCAGUAGCAAGAUUUGCCCGACUACCAUUAUUUGGUUAGUAAAGAUGGUUGCGUUUAGUUUGGAUCACCCUGUAGUUAGACUAUUGGCGCAGUAGUGUUAAAGGGAAAAUAUGUUCAGUUGAUUUAUACACUGCUGCUGCAAUAUGUAUUUUCUGUUGAAAUUGCAUAUUACCCAACACCGCUGCCUCUCAAUAGAGCUGGCAUAAGGUCUCUUUGCUUGUAGUGUUUAAUAGUGAGUACUAAUCAGGUACAAUUUGAUUAUAAAGCUCACAUAUAAUUUGAUA